AUGGUGCCGUCCGGGCCUCCCACUCCACUUGGUGGUGCCCAGCCUGUUCUGCCGUCACUAUUACGGUCUAAUUCUGGUUUGUUGGGUGGUCAAGGGGGUGCAAUGUCUUCGCAGGCGGGUUUCCCUUCUCUGGUGUCUCCCCGCACUCAGUUUAAUAACAUGAAUAGGCUUGGCGGUGUCCCAAAUGUUUCAUCGCUUCUACACCAGUCUUUUGGAAAUGGGGGUCCAAAUUCUGGGCUUUCUGGUCCUGGGAGUUCUCAGCGGGGAAUUAUGGAUAAUGGUGCCGAGUCUGAUCCACUUUGCAGUGUUGGAAAUGGAAUGGGUUUUAAUGCUCCUUCCUCAUCGUUUGUGCCAUCAAAUAUGGUAAACCCAAGUUCGUUGGGCCAAGUUCAGGGACAACAAUUUACAAACCCUGCUGGCAACCAGAUGUUGCAAGACCAACAGCAGUCCCAACAAAUUGAACCUCAGAACUUCCAACACAAUCAGCAGCCAAUGCAACAAUUCUCUGCCUCUAACAAUGUCCUUCAGCAGCAGCAGCAAUAUCAAUCUCGAGGUGGAUUAGGCGGUGUUGGACCUGUCAAGAUGGAACCACAGGUAACGAAUGAUCCACAUGGACAAACACCACAGCAGUUGCAAGCUUUGCGAAAUCUGGGUACAGUGAAACUGGAACCACAAUCAAUCCAGAGUAUUCGGAGCCUGGGGCCAGUUAAAAUGGAACCCCAACAUUCCGAACAGUCAUUGUUUUUACAUCAGCAGCAGCAACAACAGCAACAGCAGCAUCAACAGCAAUUACUCCAUAUGUCCAGACAAUCCCCUCAGGCAGCUGCUGCUGCCGCCCAAAUGUUGCAUCAACAACAGAGACUCUUGCAGUUGCAACAACAGCAGCAACAGCAACUCCUAAAGGCUAUUCCUCAACAAAGAUCAACCCUACAGCCACAGUUUCAACCACAGAGUUUGCCUUUAAGGUCUCCCGUAAAACCAGUAUAUGAACCUGGGAUGUGUGCCCGACGGCUGACACAUUACAUGUAUCAGCAACAACACAGACCUGUAGACAACAAUAUUGAGUUUUGGAGAAAAUUUGUGGCCGAGUACUUUGCUCCCAAUGCCAAGAAAAAGUGGUGUGUUUCGAUGUAUGGAAGUGGCCGCCAAACUACCGGAGUUUUCCCUCAGGAUGUAUGGCACUGUGAAAUAUGCAACCGCAAGCCAGGUCGUGGAUUUGAGGCAACUGUUGAGGUUCUGCCUAGGCUUUUCAACAUAAAGUACGAAAGUGGUACAUUGGAAGAACUUCUUUAUGUUGAUAUGCCCCGGGAAUAUCAGAAUUCAUCUGGCCAAAUUGUCCUGGACUAUGCAAAAGCCAUACAGGAGAGUGUUUUUGAGCAACUUCGUGUUGUCCGUGAUGGUCAGCUAAGGAUAGUUUUCUCCCCAGAUCUGAAGAUAUGCUCUUGGGAAUUCUGUGCUAGGCGUCAUGAAGAGCUUAUCCCUCGAAGACUGUUGAUUCCUCAGGUUAGUCAACUUGGGGCUGCAGCUCAGAAGUACCAGGCUGCUACUCAAAAUGCAUCAUCUAACUUAUCUGCUCCAGAGUUGCAAAAUAAUUGUAAUAUGUUUGUUGCAUCAGCUCGUCAGUUGGCAAAAGCAUUGGAGGUUCCAUUGGUAAAUGAUCUAGGAUAUACAAAAAGAUAUGUACGGUGCCUUCAGCAUCUACAGAAAGGAAUUGGUAAGGUUAAGGGCCUUCUGUGGACUGCACCACUCCCCAUUGCAACUGAAACUGCUCAUGCUAUAGCCAUCUUCACUACGGCGAUCUUAUAUCUUUAUUGUCAAACAAAAUCUUUCCUUGAGGGAUGUCGACUCCCUUUAUGCCGAGGGCUUUGGAAGGAAACUAAGGAACGAGAAAUGCUGCAUUCACAUAUGGUGAAAAGGAUGAGAUGGAAUUGUCGUGGUGUUGAUCGGUGGCGCACUCAUAAAACGAAAGUUGUCGAUGUUGGGUGCAUAGGUUCGUAUGCGGACCUCAAGAUGGAUACAGAUGUGGAUAUAAUGAAUUCUACAGAUCUAAUAUCGGAAGUUGUUAAUAGCAUGAAAGACUUGAUUGAUUACAGCAGGAAAACUGCGAUCGGACCAAUGGAAAGCUUGGCCAAGUUCCCUCGAAGGACAAGUACUUCGCCUGGGUUUCAUAAUCAACUUCAACAACCUGACGAACAGCAGCAGCAAACAAUGGCUCAGAACUCAAACAAUGAUAGCUCUGUCCAGGCCGCAAUGCAACUUCCUUCUACCAACGGUUUGCCUAAUGGAAAUAGCACUCUGAACUCUGCAUCAACAACUUCCUCCACUAGUACUAUGGUUGGGCUGCUCCACCAGAACUCAAUGAACUCGAGUCAGCAAAACCUGAUGAAUGGUGCAAAUAGUCCCUACGGAGGAAAUGGUGUUCAGAUGGCAUCCCCAGGUUCCUCAAGUACAUUACCGCAGGCUCAACCCAACCCUUCUCCAUUUCAAUUGCCAACACCAUCCUCAUCUACCAAUCCACCGCAGACUUCACAUGGCGGCUUAACCGUAGGAACACACAUGAACUCUGCAAACUCCCCAAAUAUUUCCAUGCAACAGCCUGCUCUUUCUGGUGAUGCUGACCCAAACGAUUCUCAGAGCUCUGUCCAGAAAAUCUUGCAGGAAAUAAUUUUGUCUAACCAACUUGGUGGGGGUAUGGUAGGUGUUGGUUCCAUGGCGAAUGAUGUUAAAAAUGUCAAUGGAAUAUUGCCAACAAGCCAUAACGCAGGUCUCAAUAGUGGCAAUUGUCUGAUGGGAAAUGGGACGGCCAACAGUAACUCAUGUAUCGGGGUUGCAGGAUUCGGAAGCAUGAGCAAUGGACUUGGCCAGUCUGCCAUGGUUAAUGGAAUUCGAGCUGCAAUGGGUAACAAUUCCAUGACUAUGAAUGGAAGGAUUGGCAUAUCAAUGUCUCGGGACCAUAAUAUGAACCAACAGCAGCAGGAUCUGGGAAACCAACUGUUAAAUGGUAUUGGAGCUGUCAACGGUUUCAGUAAUCUUCAGUUUGAUUGGAAAACAUCUCUGUGA